AGCCUUCACUCACCUCUUCAAACUCACCUGACUUGCUUGUUUGUUGGACUUGAUCGCCUUCUGAAGAUUCAUCAUGGUGUCAAUGGGACGGCAGAUGCUGGGCUUCGUCCUCGGCAUCGUCGGCUUCAUGGGGACCAUCAUCGUGUGCGUCCUCCCCAUGUGGAAAGUGACGGCCUUCAUCGGAGCCAACAUCGUCACGGCACAGAUCAUCUGGGAGGGCUUGUGGAUGAACUGCGUGAUGCAGAGCACAGGCCAGAUGCAGUGUAAGAUCUACGACUCCCUGCUGGCGCUGCCGCAGGAUCUGCAAGCCGCCAGGGCGCUCAUGGUCCUCGCAAUCAUCGUGGCCAUUGUGGGAGUCAUCCUGGCCGUCGCUGGGGGGAAGUGCACCAACUUCAUCAAGGAAGAGCGCGGAAAGGCCAGAGUGAUGAUCGCUGCAGGGGCCGUCUUCAUCUGCGCCGGCAUUCUUGUCCUCAUCCCAGUGUGCUGGUCUGCCAACACCAUCAUCAGGGAUUUCUACAACCCCAUGAUGACCGAAGCGCAAAGGAGAGAGCUGGGAGCCGCUCUCUACAUUGGCUGGGGCACUGCUGCUCUCCUCAUCCUGGGCGGGGCACUCCUCUGCAGCGCUUGCCCUCCCUCGACCGAAAGCCCAGAGUAUCCGGUAAAAUACGGUCCACCCACGUCCUAUGGCCAACCCAAGUCCUACGGUCAACCCAAGUCCUACAAUAGCGGCCGGGAAUACGUCUGAGAGCACCGUCCUGCAGCUGAAAGACUGUUUUUCCAAAAACUCCUACAUCUCCAGCACCGCCGGUCGAACCACUGAUGAACUUUAUGAAACUGGCUCUUCCGAGAAACCAGAGCCUGGAGAAAAGCCAAGAACUUCUGGAAUGUGACCAUAAAUCUAGCCGAGAUGGAGAACCUGCAUUACCUGCUGCGUCGGCACACCUGGACGACAUCUCUUUGUGAUCUUUGAAACAGAGGAGCAGAAAUAUGUACACUACAAUACUCUCAAAACAUUAGCAACCUUUUCUGAAGUUACACUGUAAAACUUUUGUUUGGUUAAAUCUUCUGAUUGCUGCUUUUACUCAUUUUUAAUGACGAUUUUUUUUUACUUUUAUUUCAAGGAGUAUUCAAAACUGGUCAAAACUGUAUUUAAAUUCCAGUAAACUUGAUUUCAUCAAACGAGGCAGAUUUUCUGUAUUUGCUACAUGGAGUGUCUACAUUUACUACACAUGAGUCCAGAUUCUGGUUUGCUCCUUAAAACGUAGCUUUUUGUCACAGUAAACACAACUAACAAGUUUAAAAAAUUCCUCAAACUAGAAGAAUGGAAAACAAUGUUCCCAACCGGCCUGAGAGGUUCUACCUGUUCCACGACCAGCGGGGGUUUGUUUGGUUUUUCUACAGGGAAAUGAAUCUGACGUGUAAAACUUUUAGACUGAGAUACUGGAAUGUGGGCUCUACAUCAGUCCACUUUCAAGAAGAAGGAUGGGACAGGUUUUAAACUUUUGCUUUUGCAUGUACUGAGCCUUAAGGGUCACAAUUCAGACGAAAGGAUCUGUAAAAUGUCCACAUGUGAGCGUAAAUAAACAAUUACAAAAACAC